AUGGAUAAUCUUGUGAUACAAGAUUUAAAGAUUGUACCUUGCGAAAACUCGAAAUAUGUGCAACCUUCGAGACUUGAGUUUACUCAGAAUGGAAUGAAACGACAUUGGGAUUACAUCAGUGUUCACGAUAGCGUUGCAGCGUUAAUUUUUAACGUCUCCAGGAAAUCAUUUAUUUUGGUAAAGCAAUUUAGACCAGCUGUGUACACGAGUCAGAACAGAAAACUGAACGAGAAAGAGGAGUCAGAUAAAUCAAGUGUUACACAAGAUUCUAGCAGACAAACAUUUCGAGCUGACAUAAACAAUGCAGUUACAUAUGAAUUGUGUGCUGGUAUUGUUGAUAAAAACAUCCCAUUGCAGUCAGUUGUGAGAGAGGAAAUUAUUGAGGAGUGUGGCUAUGAUGUCCCCGAAUCCAGUAUACAAAGAGUCUACUCUGUUUGGGGAUCCAUUGGGUUUGCUGGGUCAUUGCAGACCUUGUACUAUGUUGAAGUAACUGAUGACAUGAAAGUAAGCGAAGGUGGAGGGAACAGAAGUGAAGGAGAAAGGAUCGAAGUAUUUUAUCUACCUCAGGAUAAAGUUUUAGAGUUUUUGUACAAUGAAAGUUUGCCUAAACCACCAUCACUCAUGGCUGCUUUCUUUUGGUACUUACAUGAAAAACAAUCUCAUUAA